AUGCAAGGGCUAGCGACUAGGAGGUCACUCUACUCUUUAAGCCGGUCAUUGUUAUCGCACGUUCGUCACGGAAUCGCAAUCGACCCAGCCGCCGGUGGAUGCUGCAGAGAAGCGCCUCCGCUUGAUUCACUGUGGUCCGCCGUACAACACCGCGGCGUUAAGGUUAAUGCGAUUCAGCUAAGGCAAGGGAAUGUAAUCGAACGAGCAGGUUGGGUUUUUGAGGUUGUGGAGGCAGAGCAUAAACAACAGGGUAGAGGAGGAGCCUCCAUGCAGGUAGAGCUUCGCGAUGUUGACAACGGGAAUAAACUUAACUUGCGAUUUGGAACUGAGGAGUCGGUUGAGAAGGUUUUUGUUCAGGAGAAAUCUUUCACAUGUUUAUAUACAGAGGGAGAUACUGUAUUUCUGAUUGAGCCCGAUACGUUUGAGCAAGUUGAAGUGCCACUGGACAUAUUUGGCAAAGCUGCUGUAUAUUUAAAAGAGGAAAUGAAAGUUCAGUUGCAGCUGUAUGAUGGAAGAGCUUUAUCUGCAUCUCUCCCUAAGCAUGUCACAUGCACAAUUGAAGAAACACAACUUCCCAUGAAAGGCUUAACAUCAGCUCCUCGGUACAAGAGAGCUCUCCUUGAUAAUGGCUCCACUAUUCAGGUACCAUCUUAUCUCGAGGCAGGUGAAAAGAUUGUGGUAAACACUGAGGAUGAUUCUUUUGUUAAAAGGGACAACAAAUGA